AUGUGUAAAUGUCAUUUGCUAUAACCUCAGGCCAACGGAUACCCUGUGAAGGAAUCCGGGUGGUCAAAAACUAUAUAUUCGAUUGGCUUAAAUGCUUUCUUACACCUCAUGUCACGGUGAUUCUGCCUAAGAAUUAUCUUGAUAGUACACACGUCUGGAAUGUUCUGCCAGUUGGACAAUAAUUCGGGAGUAGUUAAUUCACUUGAUCAAACAAUUGAAUUCCCUUCUUCGAACGACAGAGAUCAACCACCGUGUAGUGAUCUUCUAUUUCUAGAUCAGUCAAAAAUUGGAAAAGCUAUAAAUCACUGAAGGGGUCUUAUAAAACCGCCCUAUAUGCCAAAUAUCAGAUUCAAUUUUUAUUAACCCUGAGGACAAAGGAUACGUCAAAUACGGAGGAACACCAGACUAAACAGAAUUAAUUCGGUACAGUGCGGAUGAAGUCAAGAAUACUUAUUAAAAUUCUUUCACCUUUCCAAAUUACGCAUCGAAGAAAAGAAUAUAAGACGUUCUUGUAGAAAACGUGCAUUAAUGACAACGACUUUUGAAUUCAAAAUCAUACUAUUCGACGAAAAUGCCAAUUCUUCGGAAACACCAAAAUUUCAUAUCACCAGCACUAUUUUAUUGCCUGAGAAAUUAUGAUAAUUAGUAGAAUGUAACACAUUUACCUCGAGCUGAUAGUAUCUCUAAUAUUGCAUUUUAUAUUUAAUAUUUCAUCCAGCUGCACUUAUGAUUCCAUUGAAUCAUUUUUCAUUGAAGACGAUUAUAAUCAAGAAAGUAAUGCAAUAUCAACUUGUCUACAAUACUAAGAAUAUUUCGCGAGUUUAUGUUUAAGCAAGCCUAACAUCUUAUUGUGAACCACAUUGACGACAAUAUAUUUUAACUUUUAUUACCUUUUUUUGACUCUUUUUCUUAAAACGGUUAGAGAAGGGAAGUUUAUUUAAUACACACGCAAUAACUGAUAGGUAGUACAUCGCGAACGUUGAACAGCAUAACUUUUUAUCACUUCAUACUUCCUUGCAUCUUUGUAAGAGUUAAAUAUAUUAAGUAUGAGAAAGAAUAUCGCCAUUGAUUUGCUGGUUCCACGAACUUUUCUGUGAUAUCGUCUUCAACAGGAUAUUUUUAUUAUUAUAUCCUUUGUGUUAUAUAUUUACAUUAGUAAGUGGCGUUUGUAUUUCACGAAUUAGACAUGACCUAUAAAAUAGUAGAUACUAUACGAACUGAGUGAUUAGCGAAUACGGGGUUUAAUUCAAGCGUUAAAAUUAUGCGAAAAGAAUAUUUGAUUACCAGCUGAAUAAUUGAUUUUCAAAUCCAAGUGAGGCUUAGAGAGUUAUUAUAUAAUUUAUAAAAAGUAAAAUGUUCGCUAAUUUUUUUUCACGCCAGAACUAUUAACUAUAUGAUCUUGAUACUAAGUUAGUCUCUGUCAAUAGUAUAUAUGAGCAGUGUACAUUUUGAAUUGUGAAACGCAACGUGUUAAUCAUGGCAGAAGCCAAUUUGAGUGGUAUUCCCAACACUACUGACGGUGGAUCUUCCCUAAAUGAGGAAAACAAAAUGGAAGCCUAUUCCGUACAUUUCUUCUUUUGGGGAAUCAUUGUUCCUGUUAUAGUUCUCUUUGGUCUAAUUGGCAACAUUCUAACAAUAAUUGUUCUUUGGCGAAAAGAAAUGCACUCCACUACAAUAUACUAUCUAAGAGCUCUUGUAAUCACGGACACGGCAAUAUUAGUUUUUGCAUUCCUUUUGCUUACACCUAUCAGUAUCUCUAACUAUACGAAGAGUUUAAAAUAUUUCAGAGAAAUUAUUUAUCCUAUGAUAUUUGUACCGUGUAAUUAUGUGGUAAUGACUGUUCAAACUAUAAAUGUAUGGAUUACUGUCAGUGUUACUAUUGAGCGGUAUAUUGCAAUUUGUCAUCCGUUUAUUUCUAUCCGACUACUAACUCGUUGCAAAGCUCUUACUGUGAUUGGAUUAACAACCGCUUUCUCGGUGUUGUAUAAUAUCCCACGUCUGUUUGGCACUAAAGCUAGCCCUUUGAAAUCGGGAGACGGUUACAUGAUUAUACCGACUGCAUAUGGCGAAUCAGAUAUAUACAAGGAAAUUUACAGUGGUUUAAUGUACUCCAUUCUGAUUUUCAUCAUUCCUUUACUUGUACUUUUCGUCCUCAACUUUCUACUCAUCAUUGAACUCAUGAAAAUGCGACAACGUCGAGUUGGAAUGAAUGUGGAAGAAGACAACGAAGCAAACAUGAGUCUUGUUCUGGUUCUAAUUGUUCUUAUCUUUAUUGUUUGUCAAACGCCAGGUUUAAUCGCCCAGUACGAGUUCCUCUCGCACCUUGUUUUGCUUAAAUGGCUAGCAGUUAGUAAUACUUUAUUUAUAUUUAAUUCUUCAGUAAAUUUCUUGGUUUAUACAGCAGUUGGUCGCAAGUUUAGAAAAGUCCUUUUUCGCACGUUCCGUCCAGUUCUCUUUAAAACUCUCGGUGCAUGCCGUGUAGAAUUGUCAAAUGAGGCGGAUACACGAACCACCAUGUAUGAAUUGACAGUACUGAAUGAUCAACAGCCAGAAACAGAUCAAACAGAGAGUGCCUGUCCAUGACAUUUCUCUAAAUACAAUUCAAAACUAUCUAAAUCUAUUGGCUAUUCCAUUCGUUGCUUCCCUUGUUGACUCCUGUUAAUCUAUAUAUGAAAUAUAAAUUAACAGGAGUUAAUGGAAUGCUUUAUAAUUGACAUUUCAAAAAGAAAAUUGCACUUUUCAAUGAAAGGAAUAAAAGACUGAAGCCACAACCGUUUGUCUAACACAGAAUGAAAAUAAACUGCUAUGGUAACAACAAAAUGGGAAGAUAAACGACAACGUUAUUUCGCAAAUUUAUAUUUUAAAAGCUUUGGAACUAUGAAAAUGUUUUGAUUUUGUUUUUUUAUGAUUUUUUUAAUUAAAGUUUUUGUCCUUUUCUUCAUAUUUUUCCUCCAACUUUUGAAAUGUGUUAAUUCGAAAUAUUACAAAAAUUUAUCAAGUUUAUUUAUUCGUGGUUUCAUCGGAAAAAGAGUAAAGUUUCGAAACCAUUAAGUAAUAAGAAGAAAAAUUGAAAAUGAAAUUUUAAACAAAUUGUUUUAUUUAAAGUCGAUGAGAAAAAAAAAACUAUGGAUUUCAUGUGAAAGUGAUUAGAAUAUGUUUAAACAUGUAAACGUUUGUUAAAUAACGAAAUGCGCAAUCAGAUGUUUGUGUAUGGGACCAGUAUUCUGUAAAAUUUCAAUGACAGUGCUUUUCUGAUAAUUAUUUAACUCGUGAUGAAGUGAAAUAUGAUCGUCAGUUCAUUGUCCUUACAUGAUUUUCUUGAACAUGAUUUCCUUGAACAUCAAGAGAUUAAAGCAGAAAAUAUAGUUGUCUGUAACUUGACAAAGGUAGCAGCUUUUACUAUUCUUAUGUGAUAGAGCGCUUCUCCGUAAACAGAAAAAAAAAACAAUUGUAUCCAAGCACUGAAGUUGCAAUUGACAAUCGAUAAUCACAGCUCGAAAUUUUCUUUUU